GUCAAGUUCGAAACUGGGACAUGUGGGUCAAAAACUAGGCCAGUAGGCCAGAUCAAAGGAAAAGCUUGUGAACUCUCUAGAUGCCACAUUUGUGACCCAAUCUUUAUGAAACUUUGUCAGAAUGUUUGACUUGAUGAUCUCUAGGUUAAGUUUGAAACUGGCUCGUGUGGGGUAAAAAACUAGGUCAGUAGGCCAGAUCAACUCUGGUGAGCGAUAUAUAGGGCCAUCAUGGCCCUCUUGUUAAAGUGUUUUUAUGCUCCCAGUAGAGAUAAUCUUGUAUCAAGGAAGCAAACUAGCUCCUUAUGAUGAAGAUAAAUUUAACUGGUGAGGGCUUGAAAACUCUCUCUGUAAUAGUUAAAUAGGAGGUAGUUGAGAUUGUUCUAGGAGUGGUGUUGGGGUAGACAGUUACUUCAAGGUAACACAAGAAGCAUGAGACAAUUGACCAUGGUCCAUUCUUUACAAACUGCCACAAAUAAAGACUGAUAUGAAAAUUUUGUUUGAACAUAAAUGCUACCAAAAAAAAAUAAUAGCUUAUUAGAAACUGGCAAGUUUAGUCCUAUUUUUUUUUUCAUCGCAAGUAAACAGAAAAUAUAAAAAGUUUAAAUGUACUUGAUGAUUAAAGAAGUUUCACUUUAUGUAAAAUAUAAGCUUUAAUUUAUUAGUAAUGGCUUGAUAUUUUAAGAUUUGCGAAAGAAAUCUUUCAGGUAUGUUGAAGACUGAAGGAUGUACUAUGUGUCAUAUUUUACAUUGUAUAUGUUAAACAGAAGGGAACAAAAUGGAAAGAAGAGUUGGAAAGUAGAAUCAAACUGCACAUGACAGACAAAUAAUCACUGCGGAAAAUGGUUCCGUAUACGGGAGUGUACGCAUUCCGUAUACUCCUAAUAUACGGCCGUAUACGGAAACAUUUUUCCCGUAUAUGGAACAUUCCAUGUACGGGAAUCCCGUAUUCUUUAAUUGGACAUUCAUGUUUUUCUCACAUGGAUUCUUUCGUUCAUACUUAGCAUAAAUAUGUUUCAACAGUUUAUGUUAGUAUUCAAAGUUAGGGAUUGUCAAGGUCCAAAAGUAUGUUUAAGGCGUAGGUUUUGAUCAUACUUUCAGGAAAGAUACCUUUUAUAUGAUAUUCGUAUAUUAGACAUAUACGGGACCGUAUACUCCCGUAUAUGCACAUAUUUUUCGCAGUGAAUGUUGCUCAGAAAUGUACUCAGUACUUAGUAAAUGCCAACUAAUGAUGGAGCUGUAAUCUCUAAAUAUGUGAUAAUAGUUUUUGGGUCUAUUUAAUUCAUUCACAAAACACCCUGGAAUUGCUGUAAAAGUGAUAUACCAUAGAAUAUUAAAGAUAGGAUCAUUGAAGGUUUAUUUCACACUUGGAGAGGAUUCAAACAUAAAACAACUUUACAGUAAACUGUUUUACAAAUGAUUUUAAUAAUUUUCAAGUGUGUAUAUGCCGCCAUUAGAUACUUAUUAUUAUUAUAUUCAUUAUACAUAUUAAGAAUUCUUGAACUUUAUCUAGCUCUGGUAUCAUCUUUAUAUGUUUAAAUUUCAUAUGGUUGCUCUGUACAUGUAAUUAUAAACUUACUUACUGUGCAUAAUAAUUUGAUGUACCGGUAACAUUAUUUUGAUUGAUUCUGUAUACAUUUUUAGGGCAAGAUGUUGUAUAUUUUUAAUAUGUAUUCAUUGUUUUGUGUUUUACAAUGUUUUUGUCAGUAGACCAGUAGUAAUAAUACCGUGAAACAUGUAAAUAUUUAAAUGAGGUGGUUAAUGAUUUUUAUAAAUUACCUUUAUUUCACAUCAUCUUGGAUACAGUUUCAUUUUCUGCAUGUCUGUAAAAUGUUAAUAGUACAUGUACUUAGAAUGUAAGACAUUCUUGACAUUGCAGGUAGAAAGUAGUGGCCCUGAAUAUACAAUAGAAAAUGGUCGCCGUAGACGAAGACAGGCAGAAACCUCUGAUAACAAACCAAUGGAGAUAAGAGAGGGCGAACCCAAGGUUGGAGAAGCUCGGGAAAAGAAAAAUGUUGCCACCCUUGAGUGUGGCAAGACGGCAAAGUGUUAUGAGAUACGCUGUAAGAUUGGUAUAUUGGAUGCAGGUCAGUCAGUGAGAAUACAGAUGCGGUCCAGACUCUGGGAGAGUACAUUGCUGGAAGAUUUUACAGGAGUAGACGAAGUGCACAUAAAGUCAACAGGAAAAAUUCAUAUUCGUCCAGAACUUAAUGUUGUACAGAGCAAAACAAACAAUGAUAAAGACCAGGCCACAACUAUAGCCAUUCCAAGUUUGCUGAUCGUGAAAGAGAAGCCCCUGGCAUGGUGGAUAUAUGCUCUAGCUGUGCUUGGGGGAAUAUUUGUCCUCAUUUUACUUGCCUUAUGUUUGUGGAAGUGUGGAUUCUUUAAGAGAAGAAGAUACGAGGAAGUGUCAUCAUAUAGUGUGAAAGUAGAAAAGAAGAAAAACAUAAAUAAUCCAACAUAUAGCACUAAAGUUGAGACCAAGAAAGAAUAUUUAGAUGAAAAUGAAUAUUUCCUGAAGCACUGAAACUAAGCUUGUUGCUAGGAUACAGACAUUUAUCAUGCAUUCCAAAAACUGUGACUGGGAAUCAUAAAGAUCUACCCAACCUUUGUUAAAUUCAUGAAUUUCGAAGCUUGGAAUUGUCCAUGGAUAUAUCAAUAUGUGACACAAAUUCUGAUUGGUGAACGUGAGUGCUAGUGUUUGUGUGCCAAGUUCUGAUUGGUCAUGGGGUCAAUCAUGACUUUAAAAUUAGAUUUGACUAAAACUCUCAUCUAGCUACCUUAUUUGGAAUUGGAUUGAUCUUUUGCUAUAUUAGUCCAUUCGUGACCUCAGUUCAUAUUUGUCCAUGGAUCUGUCCAGUAUAUGACAAUAAUUUUGAUUGGUUGUGUGUGAUACUGUGUUAACUUGCUGACUGAGAAAAAAUAGAAAGCUGGAACCAAAGUUGUUAAACAAUUGUACUGCUGUCUGAAAUGUGAUGUUAUGUGUUGUUAAACAGCUACGUUACUGUUCUGUUUUAAAACGUGGAUGCGAUUAAGAUUUGCUCCUGUUUAUUUGAGCUGCACCAUGAGAAAACCCAACAUAGUGCAUUUGCGACUAGCAUGGAUCCAAACCAGCCUGCACAUCUGCGCAGUCUGGUCAGGAUCCAUGCUGUUCGCUGACGUUUCUCUAAUUACAAUAGGCUUCGAAAGUGAACAACAUGGAUACUGAGCAGGCUGGUCCGGAUCCAUGCUGGUCCCAAAUGCACUAUGUUGGUUUUCUCAUAGUGUGGCACAUUUACACAUUUACAUCGGAAUAUCUUUUGUUAAAGUCCUCAGUAUUCAGUGGAAUAUUCCAGAUGAGCACUUACUCAAUGACUUUUGUCUGGUUAUUAAUAUUUGGAUCUCCUCGAGAAUACUUUUUUUUUUUUUUAAGAAAAAAAAAAACAUGGAGAGACUGCUUUUUUUAGAGAGUGUUCAUGUUGAACAAACAUGGUCCUAAUUUGUUUCUUAAUCAUUUGUCGGUAUAGAUUAUGAGGUUUUUUAGGAACAAAAUUUACAAAGGUGUUGACAUACUUAGAACUAAAAUCAUUUCUGUUAUCUGUGAGAAAACUUUUGUGAAAUUUAGUACAGUUUUAUAUGUAAUUUGAGGAGUGCAUGUACACUAUAUUCUUGUUGCCAUUUUGUUUGCUGUAAAGUUUUUUAUUCUUUAUUUUUGUCUUGAUCAUAGAUGGUCAGUAGAAUAAUUAUAAGGAGAGUUCCCCCACCUCUGUAUCCUGUGUCAGUACACGACUAUUCUUGUAGUGAUAUUGAAUCUCGCCUCUCUGAAAUAUUGUGUACUUAUAUAUGAAUAUUAUUAAAUUCAGAGUUAAUUGCUUAAAAGAAUCUGUGGUCCUAAAAAUACAGAAAUAUUUCUCUUCCAGUAAUAUCAUAUUUUAUCAGGAAAAAUUAAGAGCACCUUUUAGCUAGUCGGUGCUCUUUAAGCUAGUAGCAUAUUUAGUGAAUUGCAAUAUGAGAUUCAAGUAAAUUUUUGAUCUCAUGCAGCCAUGACUUUCUAGUUUUAGUCAUAGAGGAAAGAUUACCAGUAAAUUGAUUGAUAGAAGAUGGCUAAAAACCUUUCUUUUUAGAUUAGUCCUGAAUUGUUAUAAUUUGCCAAAAUAGUUCAUUAUUUUGGUUUGGUUAUGGCUGCAUUCAGUGUUAGUUUGGAUUUUUUUUAUCAAUAAAGAGAUUUAAUUUGAUUCUGGGCAUUCUACUAUUCUGUGUAUUUAGACUUUCUUUUAAAAAAAUGCACAGCUUAGUAUAGGACAAGUUGCAUUAUGCAGAUUGAGUUACAGUUAUAAUACUAUAGAGGUUUGAUACUAAAUUAUACCAUGCAGACUGUGUUACAAUUUUGUAAUGGACUAUUUUACAGUUUAUGACAUAUAGACUAUGUUUUGGUUAAUUUGUAGACUGUGCAACAGUUUAGUAAUUAAAACUGUGUUACAGGUAAAGUGUAGAUCAAAUACAAGCAUAAUAGUGUGCCUUAUAUGCGUAGUCAAAAGAAUUACACGUGUAACUAGUCAUAUACAGCUUGCUUUUGUUUACCUUUGUACAAAAUAUUCUGUUUAUACACAUGCUGCCUUUUGUUGUUACAUAUGCAAAUGCAACUAUUUGCUCAUAGAUUUCAAAUGUCAUUGGUCCUCUACCAUAGAUUCAUGUUAAGAAGUUCCAAAUUGCUUGUAGAGAACCAGUUGUUACCAGUACAGAAUCCAGGGACACUGGUUAGGUUAAUUGACAAUAAUUACAUAACUGAAAUAUUAUUGAAAAAUGGUGUUAAACCAUUUAAACAUAAUUAGUUCAACAGCAAUGCUUGACAUUGUCCUGAUUUUAUAACAUAGAAAUUCAGGCUGUAAGGUUAUAUUUGUAGGCUCGACUGAGACUUUAACCCUGUAAUUGGUUGAAUUCAGAUUUGUGCUUAAAAAAAUAGACAACUAACCAAAUCCUGAGCUUUGAGAUUGGUCUAUAAGUUUAGACAAAGAAAUCUAUUAUCUUUCAAAAUCUUUUCAACAGAACAUGAACAAAUUAAACUGUAGAUAUGGAGUAUCUUGUACAGACUAUUUGAUAGAAUUUUAGUUACUUAUUCUAGAGCUGAAUAUAUAAUUUUAGGUUGAAGGUACAGAAAAAGGUUCUUUAAUGUUACUAACAUUGAGUUGCAUGUUUUAUUUUCAUUACAAAAGUUCAGUUAAUGUUGUUGAUUAUCCUGUGUAUGUCAUGUUAUAUUUGCUUACUGUUUUGUACAUAUAUGUAUACAAUAUUCAUCAGUGUCUAUGCCAUAAACAUUCCGUAACCAUUACUACACCCGUGCAGAAAUAUUUUCCUGUUCUCAGGAAAUCCCAGGAUUAUCCUGGGAUAUCCUGAGAUUCUUUUAGCAAGGCUGCAUUAAAGUCUUGAAGACAGGACUUUAACACUAAAAGACAGGACUUUUGAUAGAAAUUGUCCUGUUCACAGGAAAAAGACAGGACUUUUGAUGGAAAUUGUCCUGUUCACAGGAAAAAGACAGGACUUUUUCUAAAAGAUACAGACUGAAAGAUGGUAAUUAAUUUGAAACAUGAUCUUGUAAUGGUCUAGUAAGUUAAUUACAUCCUGGUGUUGAAGACCCAUGUUUUGUAUCAUUAAGCACUUGUGCUGUUGUGUUGUUGGAGUAACAGGAAUAUAUUCUAUAUCUGUGGUAAGUUAGCAAAUUAUUUCUGUAUUAAACUUUUAGAAAUAAUACUAAAUAUAUACCUACAUUUAAUGAUUUUACAAAACAAUACCAGUAAGUUAUUUAGAAAAGUAUUUUUCUUUAAAAUCAAUCAGAGUGUUGAAGAGUGAACUUAGUACUGUUUAGAUUAUCUGUACAUGUUUGAUCAAAGGCAGUUUCACUCUUAAAAGUAAAUAGAUCAUAGAAUGAUAAGAGCUUUUUGCUCAAUAUGAAGCUCAUAAUUUGAUGUUUCUAGACUAAAUAUUACACCUAGUGUUUUUGCACAUAUUUGAACUGAUAAAUUGAUAUUUCUGCAAUGACAGGUUGUAUGUUUCAAUGUACAUGAUGUAUACUUUUUAACUAGAAAAUAUUUUUAAUAUUUGGAAAUGAUAAUCCUUGAUUAUUAUUCUUACUGUAAAUACAAUUGAAAUUUAACAUUCAUUCAAUUUGUUAACUGUAUUUCCCGCCAAAGAGAAUUUCAAAUCGUGUUUACAACGUAUUCAAUUACAUGUCCUGGAAACUUUCCUGAAGACAGGACAAGUGUCCUGAGAUUUCCUGACAACAGGAAUUCCUGGGAUUUCCUGAAGACAGGACAAUUCUCCUGAAAUUUCCUGAAGACAGGACAAUUGUCCUGAGAUUUCCUGACAACAGGAAUUCCUGGGAUUUCCUGAAGACAGGACAAUUCUCCUGAAAUUUACUGACAUCAGGAAUUCCUGGGAUUUCCUGAAGACAGGAUAAUUGUCCUGGGAUAUCCUGACUUCAGGAAUUCUCAAGACAUUCCUGGGAUUUCCUGAGAACAGGACAAUAUAUACUUUUAUUUCCUGACAUCAGGAAAUCCCAGGACAUUCCUGGGAUUUUCAGGAUAGCAGGACAGCAUAGGUUUCUUGGUGUUCUGGUGUCCUGUUUUUUUCCUGUUCACAGGAAAAUCCUGGGAUUGUCCCAUUCCCAUUUAACGGCGUGAAAAGUCCCAGGACUAUCCCAGGAAUUCCUGAGAUAUUUUCAGGACAUUAUCCCAGGAUCGUCCUGGGACUUCCUGGGAUAAUCCCAGGAUUUCCUGUUCCUUUUUCGCACGGGCAUGUCUAAAGUUGAGAAUGACAUCCUGUGUCCAUUUUUACAUCAGUUUGCCUCCUUCAUAGAUUAAGUUAACUCAUUUUCUGAUCAUCAGUAAGUUGAGAGACAUUUUUAUUGUAAUGUUUGGACAUUUUUUUUGAAAUAGGUUGUUUUUUAAUUGGAUCCUCAUAUUUAAAAUGUCAUAAUUUUGAAGAAGUUGCUCAAAGAUUUUUACUUAAAAUUUAGAAGAGAUACCAGCUGUCAAAGUGUACUGCUCUUCACAGAGUCAGUUACAGAAAGAUGGUUAUUGGGUAAUCUGAUGUCAUCGCUGCUUCCCCCACUUUAGAUUAAGGUGUAUUUGUAAAUUCUCUACUAUACAUAAGGUAUUUUUGAAUAUCUGUGAGAGCUGUGCUGUGUUUUUGAUGAAAGGCCAUUCCAAAUUUGAUCUGUGUUUUUUGGAGACCUACCUUGCAGGCAAGAAAAAAGUACCGAUGAAAACAUAAUUCGUAUUUGUAGCUACAAUAUCUGUCUUGAUACAACAAAAAUGUGUCUAACAAGACAUGUAAUGUUAUAUAUUAAUUUACUGAGUAACACAAUGUAGUAUUUCUCUAGUGGAAGAAAAACUUUAAACUGAGGUAAUAUUUUGUAAAUGAAUUAAAUUGGUCAAUAUUGUUAUGUUUUGUAUGUUGGCAGUUUUUAGCCCACCAUCAUCAGAUGGUGGGCUAUUCAAAUCACUCUGCGUCCGUGGUCCGACGUCCGUCCUUCCGUCCUUCCGUCCUUCCGUUAACAAUUUCUCGUUAUCGCAUCUCCUCAGAAACUACCAGGGGGAUUUUGACCAAACUUUGUCAGAAUGAUGUAUUGGUACCCUAGUUGUGUCCCCCUGAAAAUCAGACUGGUUCAACAAUUCUUUAGUGAGUUAUGGCCCUUUGUUUAUUUCUAUAAUUUACAUAGAUUUAUAUAGGGAAAAACUUGAAAAUCUUCUUGUCCAAAACCACAGAGCCUAGAGCUUUGAUAUUUGGUAUGAAGCAUCAUCUAGUGGUCCUCUACCAAAAUGAUUCAAAUUAUUUCCCUGGGGUCUAAUAUGGCCCAUCCCCGGGGGUCACAUGGUUUAUAUAGACUUAUAUAGGGAAAAACUUUGAGAAACCUCUUAUUCAAAAACACAGGGCCUAGGGCUUUGAUAUUUUGUAUGCCACAUUAUCUAGUGGUCUUCUACUAAGAUUGUUCAAAUUAUUCCCCUAGGAUCAAAUAUGGCCCCGCCCCGGGGGUCACAUUGUUUACAUAGACUUAUAUAGGGAAAAACUUUGAAAAUCUUCUUGUCCAAACCACAGAGCCUAGGGCUUUGGCAUUUGUAAUGUAGCAUCAUCUAGUGGUUCUCUACCAAGUUUGUUCAAAUCAUCCCCUAGGGUCAAUUAUGGCCCCGCCCUGGGGGUCACAUGGUUCAUAUAGACUUAUAUAGGGAAAAGCUUUUAAAAUCUUCUUGUCAAUAACCUACAACAUUCAAGUUUGGACCACCUGUAUGGUUUUGAGUGGCAAGAUGAACCUUGACAUGAGUUGACCUUGAUUUUGACCUAGUGACCUACUUUCACAUUUCUGUAGCUACAGCCUUCAAAUUUGGACCACAUGCAUAGUUUUGUGCACUGAAAAAAACUUUGACCUUGAUAUUGACCUAGUGACCUACUUCCACAUUUUUGAAGGUACAGGCUUCAAAUUUGGACCACAUGCAUAGUUCUGUGUUCCGAAAUAAAAUUUGACCUUGAUUUUGACCUAGUGACCUACUUUCACAUUUCUCAAGCUACAGCCUUCAAAUUUGGACCACAUGCAUAGUUUUGUGUUCCGAAAUGAAAUUUGACCUUCAUUUUGACCUAGUGACCUACUUUCACAUUUCUCAAGCUACAGCCUUCAAAUUUGGACCACAUGCAUAAUUUUGUGUACCGAAAGAAACUUUGACUUUUACAUUGACCUAGUGACCUACUUUCACAUUAUUGAAGGUACAGGCCUCAGAUUUGGACCACAUGCAUAGUUCUGUGUUCCAAAAUAAAAUUUGACCUUGAUUUUGACCUAGUUACCUACUUUCACAUUUCUCGAGCUACAGCCAUCAAAUUUGGACCUCUUGCAUAGUUUUGUGUACCGAAAUGAACUUUGACCUUAAGAUUGACCUAGUGACCUACUUUCACAUUUCUGUAGGUACAGGCUUCAAAUUUAGAGGUACAUGCAUAGGAUUGUGUACCGAAGCAAACUUUGACCUUGACAUUGACCUAGUGACCUACUUUCACAUUUUUGAAUAUACAGGCUUUAAAUUUGGACCACAUGUAUAGAUUUGUAUUCUGAAGUGUAAUUUGACCUUGAUUUUGACCUAGUGACCUACUUUCACAUUUCUAAAGCUACAGCCUUCAAAUUUGGACCACUUGCAUAGUUUUGUGUACCAAAAUAAACUUUGACCUUAAGAUUGACCUAGUGACCUACUUUCAAAUUUAUCAAACUACAGCCUUCAAACUUGAUGCACAUGCAUAGUUUUGUGUACAAAGAACUUUGUCCUUGAAAUUGAUAUAGUGACCUACUUUCACAUUUCUCAAGCUACAGGUUUCGAAUUUUGACCACAUGCACAGUGUUUUGUACGGAAAUGAAAUUUGACCUUGAGCUAGUCAAUAAGUCUUAAAAUUUGGAAUUCUCAAAAAUGGCACAUUGGUGGGCGCCAAGAUCACUCUGUGAUCUCUUGUUAACAUUAUUAGAUUUCUUAUUUGAUCAGAUAGGCCAAAUUCUGCCUUCACGUUGGCACUAUCAAAUUUGGUAUGGCCUAACUAUACCAGUGCUUAUAUUAAACAUUCCAGAACAUGUAUUUACAGCAUUUGUGUCUUGAUUCAGUCUUGACAAGCUCUGUGUAGGUGGAUUAGUUUUAAGCUGAGCAUCUGUAACUAGAAGUGUCAGAUUUGUAAUUUAGGUCUUGCAUGCUUUGAUAACUUGCCAACAACGAUGCCCCAUUGUUUCCUCAGUAUACCUGCAGAUAGAACAUAUAUAGGGGCUAUAUUGAAUUGACACACCAAUCUUUGUCAGUUAACCUGCCUGUCUGUCCAUCACAUCUAAAUAAUUAUCUUCUUAACCACUGGGGAGAUUUUCAUAAAACCAGCAUCAUUUGUUAAUCUCAACUAGAGGAUGUGCAACCACACAAAUCACUAGUUCAAAGGUUAAGUGUCACACUUGAAGGUCAAAUGUCAAGUAACUUAAUUUCUUGUUCACCUCAUAUUGUUUAAGUUGCUUUGAAGAUUUUCAUAAAACUAAAAUUAAUUUUUCAUGUGACCAAGACAGUGUACAGGGUGCACAACCUAGGCUACUAGGUCCAAGGUCUGGGUCACAUUUAGAGGUCAAAGAUCAAAUAGCGUGAAUUUGUUUCCACUCCAUAUCUUCUUAACCACUGGGAAGAUUUUCUUAAAUAAGCGUCAAUUGUUAACCUCAUCCAGAUGACAUUCAGAGGGCAUAACCCAGAUAAAAAGGUCCAAGGUCAAGGCCACACUUAGAGGUUAAUGAUUAGAUAGCUUAAAUUUGUGUUCAGUACAUCUCUUUAACCACUUUAAUGAUUUUCAUAAACCAGCAUCAAUUGCUAACCAGGAUGAUAUGCAGAGUGUACAGCAUAUAGCACUAGUUGACACUUGAAGGUCAAAAGUCAUGACCAUGUGCUUUCCCUGUAUCAAAUCAGCAUCUAUUGAUAGCUUUUAGGGAUAGCUCUAGUUUGAGACUACAACAGGAUAGCUCCAGUUUGAGACUACAACAGGAUAGCUCUAGUUUGAGACUAUGACACUACUCUGUAUGACCUGAUGUCAUCAACAAAAGCAGAAUAAGUACCACAACUAAACAUUUAUAUGAGAAAUUUGCCACUAGUUAACAUGUGUACUCCUUGUGAUUGGCCUAAAAGUCCAUAUUUUAAAAUAUUUAUCAAACACCAAUUUCAUAUUUUCUUUGUAAAUUUUCAUCAGUGCCAUUAUUUAAUGUCAAUUUCAUGACAGUUGUAUAAGCUAAAUAAGGUAAGGUAAUAUAACUAUAUAGAUAGCGGCAUUUCUUGUUGAAUUUGACCUUGUAUUGUUCAUUAGCAACUUCAUUUUGAUCUUCAGUUCUGUAAAUAAUCCACUGUAUUAGUGUUUAAAACACCUAUUGGAAACAAUGUGUGAUAAAAAUUAAUUUAGAUAAGUAAAUACCAGGACUUAAAUGGAAAUAUACAGUUCUAUGUUCUCUAUAUUUGACAAGUAAAUGUUCGUCUCUUACUCAAAAUAUAACAGAGUAACCCAUAUUUACUAAAUAAGAAAAAAAGGUAAUUAAUUCUGUAGUUGGAAAUUAAUCAUGUUAACAUAUUUUUAUAAGUAAUUUUUAAAAUUUUAGAUCAAAAUAAAUUUGCUAAUAUUGUACCCAUUUAGAUUUAUGUAUCCUUACUCUACAAGUAAGGCAAUUAACUUUUUUAAUAUAUCUAUUUUUACAUUUUUUGAAUAGGUAAAACAUUAAGAAUUUCCUAGAACCUUGUACCUUAAAGCAUUAUCCUGUGCCAAAAUGGCAGUGUUACUAGAUUUCACGUAAAUAAAAAGGGUAAAAUAAGAGUUUGCUGUAGAACAGUAUAUAUUUUAUCUCUGUUUUGAUACUGCAGGUUUUUGUGAUGUAUGUUUUGCUUCGUUUGGUUAAGAUCCAGCAUAGAGAGUUGUGUUUUGUCUGGUACUAUUUUCUAAAGGUGAUUAUUAACUCUGUACCAUUUUUAUUAUUCAUUGCAAAAAGAUACUGUUAGCUUUCUUUGAUUUCUUGUUUGCACACAUUUUGGUCACUUCAAGAGUCAAUAGAAUAAUUUAAAACGUACAUAAUGUAGUGAAAAAUCCAUGCAGAAAUUCUGGUUGUUUUUUCUUAAUUUAAAUGAGCUUGGCAUUGUUAAGGACAGAUAAUUCGAACAGAUUUAUAUACCAGUGUGAUUACAGUAGUGCCCCCUGUAACAACAAAUGUUCAUGACUGUAUGAGAAAAAUCUGAGUCUUCCUCUUACAAUUUUCUGACUCCCAUAUUCUUUGUUGUGUGGAAAGAAAGAAAAUAGCAUUUUUCACAUUUUAAAAGGUCAUGUGCAUUCAUGUUGAUAAUCCUUUUUGUAUAUUUUAUUUAAACUGUAAAAAGUUGUAAAUGUAAUUGUAUAUUGUGUAUAUUGUUUUCGUAUAUUUUUAUGUCUUAUUUUAUUCAGGUGCUUUUUGCAAGGCCCUGCUUUUUGAAGAGAUACGCAGUCUCCACAUUGUACAUAGCUUAUACCCUGCUUCGAGAAACUUUAACUCUAGAUUACCACAAGGCUUAACUGCUCUUUACAGAUUUACAGUGUUGAUGUAUAAGUACUCCUUUUGAAGUGUUCAUAUUUUGUUGCUUUAGAAUAAAACAAUUGUAACUUUAUAUUGAUAAAGGAACAGACGUAUCAGUUCUUUAAUGAGGUGACCAAAAUCCACUAGCUCAUUGCAUACUAAGAUUUUACUUUUAGACAUUGUUAUGAUUGAAAAAAGGGCUUUAAAGCUUGUAACAGUCAUUUAUUUAAGAUGCAUUUUAGUAUUUAUAAAUGAAAGGUGUGAUCAUGACUUUAAAGUAUCCAUAACAAUAUUCAAAUCUUCCGGUUGUUGAUUUUAUCAUACUAGAACAUACACAUAUUUUCAGUCCAUUGAGGUAAUAAAUGACUUGUGUUUGUAUGUUGCCUGAUGUCGAUGUAACUUCAAACCAAUUAAACGUACUAGAAAAUGUACCAGAGUGUAAUAUUCCCAUAAUGCAUUAUAAUUUUCUAUAAAUCCAACCCGUAAUUUAAAAAAAAUGUAAAUGGAGGAGAAAAAAACUUACAAACUUGAAAAUAUUUCACAAGGUAUCGUGUAUGUAUUAUAAUGAUUCUUUAACUGUUGCAGUAUAAAUAUGUGCAUUUUAAAUGAUUUGAAAAUAAAAAUUUAUGAACAAAUUAAUUGGAAGCUUAAAGAAGACAAGAAAAACUAUUUUUGCAGUAUUUCUGGGAUAGUAAAGCCUUGUGGUAGAAUUUCCUUUAUCGUUACUGUAUUUUGAUGUUUGCAAUCUUAUGUAGUAAGAUAGAGGGUCCUCUGUAGAUAGACAUAUUCCCUUACAUGCAUUCCGGCUUAGUGUAUAGCAAUAGAAAAUUGUAUAUAGCGUUUUUAUGUUUGUUUUUAAAUUCAUCGUGUUGUGCUUUUGAUUUUUUUUUUUACAAAGAUACAUUACAAUUAUACAUUUAUUAUUUAUCAUAUAUAACAGUAUUCAAUAUUUGGCUAAAACUAAUAUAUUUGCAUAUAGACUCUGAAUAAUACAUAAUACAUGGCUAAAUUUUAGAUGACUUGUUCAGAAACAGAAAUUUGUGUUAUGUAAUAUUUUGUUUUUUCUUGACUUUCUAUAAUCUUAUGCAUUUUAUUUGGGACUGAUUUAAAUUUCACCUAUAAGGUUCACUCGCUUAUAAGACACUCCCUAGACUUUGGACUGACAAUCUAGAGUUUUGUGAUUACCCAUAUGUGAGAGACCAUGGUAUUUUUAGCCCACCAUCAUCAGAUGGUGGGCUAUUAAAAUCACUCUGCGUCCGUGGUCCGUCCGUCCGUCAUUCCGUCCGUCCGUCCGUCCGUCCGUUAACAAUUUCUCGUUAUCGCAUCUCCUCAGAAACUACUGGGGGGAUUUUGACCAAACUUUGUCAAAAUGAUGUAUUGGUACCCUAGUUGUGUCCCCCUGAAAAUCAGACUGGUUUAACAAUUUAUGAGUGAGUUAUGGCCCUUUGUUUAUUUCUAUAAUUUAUAUAGAUUUAUAUAGAGAAAAACUUUGAAAACCUUCUUGUCCAAAACCACAGAGCCUAGGGCUUUGAUAUUUGGUAUGAAGCAUCAUCUAGUGGUCCUCUACCAAGAAGAUUCAAAUUAUUUCUCUGGGGUCAAAUAUGGCCGCGCCCUGGGGGUCACAUGGUUUAUAUAGACUUAUAUAGGGAAAAACUUUGAAUAACCUCUUGUCCAAAACCACAGGGCCUAGGGCUUUGAUAUUUUGUAUGUGACAUCAUCUAGUGGUCUUCAACUAAGAUUGUUCAAAUUAUACCCCUAGGGUCAAAUAUGGCCCCGCCCUGGGGGUCAUAUGGUUUACAUAGACUUAUAUAGGGAAAAACUUUGAAAAUCUUUUUGUCCAAACCACAAAGCCUAGGGCUUUGAUACUUGUAAUGUAGCAUCAUCUAGUGGUUCUCUACCAAGUUUUUUCAAAUUAUCCUCCUAGGGUUAAAUAUGGCCCCGCCCCGGGGGUCACAUGGUUCAUAUAGACUUAUAUAGGGAAAAGCUUUUAAAAUGUUCUUGUCAGUAACUACAACAUUCAAACUUGGACCACAUGUAUAUUUUUGAGUGGCAAGAUGAACCUUGACAGUAGUUGACCUUGAUUUUGACCUAGUGACCUACUUUCACAUUUCUGUAGCUACAGCCUUCAAAUUUGGACCACAUGCAUAAUUUUGUGCACUGGAAAAAACUUUGACCUUUAUUUUGACCUAGUGACCUACUUUCACAUUUUUGAAGGUACAGGCAUCAAAUUUGGACCAUAUGCAUAGUUUCGUGUUUCAAAAUGAAAUUUGACAUUGAUUUUGACCUAGUGACCUACUUUCACAUUUCUCAAGCUACAGCCUUCAAAUUUGGACUACAUGCAUAGUUUUGUGUACCAAAAAAAACUUUGACCUUGACAUUGACCUAGUGACCUACUUUCACAUUUUUGAAGGUACAGGCUUCAAAUUUGGACCACAUGCAUAGUUUUGUAUUCUGAAAUAAAAUUUGACCUUGAUUUUGAUCUAGUGACCUACUUUUACAUUUCUCAAGCUACAGCCUUCAAAUUUGGACCACUUGCAUAGUUAUGUGUACUGAAAUGACCUUUGACCUUUACAUUGACCUAGUGACCUACUUUCACAUUUUUAAGGUACAGGCUUCAAAUUUGGACCACAUGCAUAGUUUUGUAUUCCGAAAUAAAAUUUGACCUUGAUUUUGACCUAGUGACCUACUUUUACAUUUCUCAAGCUACAGCCUUCAAAUUUGGACCACAUGCAUAGUUUUGUGUACCAAAACAAACUUUGACCUUUACAUUGACCUAGUGACCUACUUUCACAUUUUUGAAGGUACAGGCUUCAAAUUUGGACCACAUGCAUAGUUUUGUAUUCCGAAGUAAAAUUUGACCUGGAUUUUGACCUAGUGACCUACUUUUACAUUUCUCAAGCUACAGCCUUCAAAUUUGGACCACUUGCAUAGUUUUGUGUACCGAAAUGAACUUUGACCUUAAGAUUGACCUAGUGACCUACUUUCACAUUUCUGUAGCUACAGGCUUCAAAUUUAGGACCACAUGCAUAGUUUUGUGUACCAAAACAAACUUUGACCUUGACAUUGACCUAGUGACCUACUUUCACAUUUUUGAAGGUACAGGCUUCAAAUUUGGACCACAUGCAUAGAUUUGUGUUGUGUACAGAAAUGAAAUUUGACCUUGAGCUAGUCAAUAAGUCUUGAAAUUUGGUUGGUUGUUUUGGGUUUAACGCCGUUUUUCAACAGUAUUUCAGACAUUUACGGCGGGCAGUUAAUUUAGCCAGUGUUCCUGGAUUCUGUACCAGUACAAACCUGUUCUCCGCAAGUAACUACCAACUUCCCCACAUGAAUCAGAGGUGGAGGACUAAUGAUAUCAGACACAAUGUCGUUCAUCAAAUAGUCACGGAGAACAUACGCCCCGCCCGAGGAUCGAACUCGCGACCCCGAGAUCCGUAGACCAACGCUCUACCUACUGAGCUAAGCGGGCGGGCUCUUGAAAUUUGGAACACUCAAAAAUGGCACAUUGGUGGGCGCCAAGAUCCCUCUGUGAUCUCUUGUUACAUUGUUGAUAUCAGAAAUAAAAUAUAGAAAUGCAUUUUAUUCUUGAAAAUUUUAUAUUUUGUCAGAAUAUGACCCCUAUAAAUGCUUGAUUUCAAAAAAAUUCUUUUGAUUUUAUUAGUACUCGCGGCCCUCUCCUUGAAUUUGAAAUACAACCCCUAAAAAGCGCCUUGUAGGUGAACGCAAAUGGUAAACAUUCUGGAGAUAUUUUAUGCAAAAUUGCUAAUCAAAACUUAUAUAUACUGUUGUUAACAUAUUAACUUGGAAAUAAUAUAAUCUGAGUUUCGCUGAUAAAACAAGAAAUUUUAUUUUCUUGGAGUAACUUUCAUGCCAGUUCAACUCUAGGUUUUUUGUUUGCCAUAACAUCUUACAGGCAUUUGUUAUUGAAAUAGAUUAGAUUGUUGAAAAACCUUUGUUUAAAGAAAUUUCACAAUUACAAACCAUUCUUAUUGCUUAUACAUAUAGGCUAGCAAAUAUCAUGAUUCACUGAGGUUGUGUAUUCUUUUACAAAAUGUCUAAAAGGGCCAAACAACUGAUGUAGCAUUCAGAAAAUAUCAGUGCUUCAUAACAUGCAUAUAUAUUCCCAACACCCUCUAGACAGACUUGACCAACAUUAGUUCAAUUAAUUAAUUAAUUAAUUAAUUAAAGACUGUAGAUGGUUGAAUGUAAAAGCAGCUUACAUUGCAACGUACUGUCAAGCAUUUUCUUCUGUCUGAAUAACCAACAGACACACAAGCUAAUAUUUUGUUAAGUUAGUAGUUCAUUAUAGAUUUAUUUGUAGUGUUGAGUUUUGAAGUUCUGAAAAUUAAUUUUUAGUUUGAUAGGAAACCAGUUAGGCAGUCAAUUUAUAUAUGUAUAUUCUAUUAGUUUUGUAUUGCCAAAGUUCUAUUAUCAUUUUAAUUACAAAUAUGUACAAGGUAUUCAUCUGAUGUAAUCAUUGAUUAAUGCUUAACAGCAGGCAAAUAAAAUAAAUCAUGAAAUGUA